AUGUCGAAUUCUAUGGCCAUGUUUUGGCGUGCAACACCUGAUGUCGCAAGUUGCAGUCGGUUGUCACGGAUUCGCCCCGUUACCCCUUUAGCCUCAAACCAUGACAGCAACGCCUCACGACACCACGCUACCAGCACCUGGACGCACGAUGCUGCCCGAACUAGCGUCUUGCGGGAUUUCCUCGUGGCAGCGGUUCAAGACCAGGGCCGCAAAAAGCCAAGUUCGAAGCCAAGUUUCACCUGGUGCGGCGAUGUCUGA